ACCGGACGUCAAUUGGGACGGACCACAACAAAAGCGGUGUACGUGGAAGAGGCCAACAAUGGCAGACGCUAAAGUAGAAAUAGCUGCCGAAAGCUCUACUGCUUUGUCACAAAGUGCGAACGGAACGCCUCAGCCUAACAACCCGCUGUCGAGGAAGCUGAAUAAAAUUUUGGAGACACGACUUGACAAUGACAAGGAGAUGCUGGAGGCUCUGACGGCCCUGUCGGAGUUCUUCACCGAGAACAGCCUUCGCACGCGGAGGAACCUGCGCGGCGACAUCGAGCGAAGAAGCCUGGCAAUCAACGAGGACUUUGCGCGAAUAUUUAAAGAAGUCAUAGACGAACUGGAGAGCGUAAACGAGGACGUUCUGGCCAUGAGCACGUGCUGUUCAGAGAUGACCAGCAGGUUAAAGGCCGCCAAAGAGCAAACUCAAGACUUGAUCGUGAAAACUAACAAGCUUCAAGGAGAAAACCAUCGUUUGGAAGUGAGGGCUCAAGUCGCUCGGGCCUUCCUCGCCAAGUUCCAGUUGACCAGUGAGGAGAUGAGCACGCUGCGAGGAGCCAGGGAUGCACCUAUUACAGAGGGCUUCUUCAAAGCCCUCAAUCGAGUGAAGCAAAUUCACGAAGAUGUGAAAGUACUGCUACGGACCAAUCAGCAAACUGCGGGACUGGAGAUCAUGGAGCAGAUGGCCGUGUUGCAGGAGGCGGCGUAUGAACAGCUCUACCGCUGGGCUCAGAGCGAGUGCAGAGGUCUAACCCAGGAGACGUGUGACAUCAGCCCCAUGUUGACCCAAGCGAUGGAAGCCCUACAAGACCGGCCGGUCCUUUACAAAUACACUCUGGACGAAUUCGGGACGGCACGCAGGAGUGCGGUGGUGCGCGGGUUCAUCGAUGCCCUGACGCGCGGGGGGCCGGGCGGGACCCCGAGGCCCAUCGAGAUGCACUCGCAUGACCCCAUGAGGUAUGUGGGAGACAUGCUGGCCUGGCUGCACCAAGCCACCGCCUCUGAGAAGGAGCAUCUGGAAGCGCUGCUUAAGCAAGUCACCGUCCAAGGUGUGGAGGACAACAUGCAGGAAGUGGUUGGACACAUUACAGAAGGAGUGUGCAGACCUCUAAAAGUUCGAAUCGAGCAGGUGAUCGUGGCCGAACCUGGCGCCGUUCUGCUUUACAAGCUGUCCAACCUGUUAAAAUUCUACCAUCACACCAUCAGUUCCAUCGUGGGGACCAGCGUGGCCUCGCUGCUGAUGACCAUGGAGGAGAUGCACGUGCUUAGCAAAAAGAUGUUCUUCAACAGCCUUAGCCUACAUGCAAGCAGACUCAUGGGAAAGGUGGAGCUUCCUCCUCCCGACUUGGGCCCCACCACAUCCCUGACCCAGACGUUGUCGCUCCUCAGGGAGGUUCUCGCCUCUCACGACUCCUCCGUGGUACCCGUGGGUGCCCGCCAGGCCGACUUUGCCCAGGUGCUGUCAUGCAUUCUGGACCCGCUCCUUCAGCUGUGCACGGUGUCCGCUAGCAACCUGGGCACGGCCGACAUGGCCACCUACAUGGUCAACUCGCUGUACGUCAUGAAAACCACGCUGUCCCUUUUUGAGUUUACCGACAAGAGGCUGGAGAUGCUGGAGUUUCAGAUUGAGGCUCACCUUGACACGCUGAUCAACGAGCAGGCGUCGUACGUGCUGACCAGAGCGGGCCUGGGCUACAUCUACAACUGCGUGCAGCAGCACGCCGCCGACCAGGGUCUUUUGUCCCAGCUGCCUGGCAUGGACGUCUCCUCCUUGAAAUCGGCCAUGGCCCAGUUCGACCGCUACCUGUCCUCGCCCGACAGCCUGUCGAUGCCUCAACUCAACUUCCUGCUGAGCGCCGCCAUCAAGGAACAAAUCUUUUCCCAGUCCACCGAGCUGGUGUGCCGAGCGUACGGCGAGGUCCGUUUGGCGCUGAGCGGCCCGAGCGGCGGCUACGAGGACCCCGAGCGCCUCUUCCCCAGAUCCCCCGAGCAAGUCCGGGCCCUGUUGUCGUGAGCGUCGCCCCCGUCUGUCCAGGUUAUUUUCAGAGCGUUGUCAUGUGGAAUCAUAACACAGAUGUUAGGUGGGGUUCUGCGGCCACUGAGUCACCUCCCACGUCUUGUCUGUGGAGGCUCACCCAUAUUGUUUUUACAUUCACUCAUUGACGGCGCUAGACGUCCGAUCCAUUUCAGCUGGGAAGGGGCGAAUGAAUGCGGAUGCCCCUCCCAGCCCAAAUGGAUUAGACGUCUAGCGUUUUCAACGGUGCUAAAAGUUGCUAUGAAAUAUGACAACAAGUGGCUUGCAAAUGAUAUCAGAGCAUAUUUUGGACUCACAUCCAUCCCAAAGAGUGUCAGAAAAGGCUUAGUAAUAAUACAAUGAGAUCCUAAUUAGUCUUCCUUUCUUGGCCCCGCCCAGUCCAAAAUCUCCAGACAAAUAUGUCACAACCAGAAUAAUCUGCAGAUUUCUGAUAGGAUGCCAUCCAUAGGCACGUUAUUCUUUUGUUGCCAUGUGACCCCUGCAAUUCUGUCAGAUAAUGCACAAUUUCUCCCAGAAAAUUUUUGCAAUUACAAAUGCUUUGGUAGUAAUAUCUUCAUUAAUUUUGCUUGCAAUGGAAAAACACAAAAAAGAAUUUUUGGAUGAUUUACUUUUACUUGAGUAGUAUUAUGUAGAAGUAACGUGCCGAUUGCUUGAGUAAAACUUUUGGCUUAUCUACCCAGCUCUGGCCAGAAUGAACUGCAGAUUUCUACUAGCAUGCUAUCUAUAAUCGCGCUAUUCUCUUGUUGUCAUUUGAGUGUUCUGUCAGCUUGUGUUAGCUAGCUAGCGCAGCACUGAUAAAGCGAGAUAUGAUCAUUGAUUCUGGUUGUGAUGUCACAAAUAGAAUUGAAAAAAGUAGGCGUUCUUUGACGCAUUGUUUUAUGAGGAAUAGCCAUCAAAUGGUAACUAAAUAAAUAAAUAACGCCGGAUUGGAGUGCCGAAUUCAAUUCUUACAUUGAAAAUAUCAUUUUUUGAAAUGCUUGCUUGAUUUCAUAGCACUUUGAAGAUGAGCAUUCACAGCCAGUCCUUCCUCUUUUAAAUGAAAUGAAUGUUUAUCAUGUGUAUGUAUUACAACAUACUGCAAAGAGCUUUUUUUAUUUUAAUAUGAUUGUAUGUGAUAUAAAACUGAUUUUUAUGCUGAAUAAAGUCCGGUCACUUACAAACAAGCAAGAUUCCUGGCUGUCAAAGAGGUCUGACUUCUUCUAAGGAGGUCAACGAGGCUCCACUCGUUACCUGUAUUAAUGGCACCUGUUUUAACUCAUUAUGGGUAUAAAAGACACCUGUCCACAACAUCAGCCAGUCACACUCGAAACUCUAUGGCCAAGACCAAAGAGCUGUCGAAGGACACCAGAGAAAAAAAUUGUAGACCUGCACCAGGCUGGGAAGACUGAAUCUGCAAUAGGUAAAAUGCUUGGUGUAAAGAAAUAACUGUGGGAGCAAUUAUUAGAAAAUUGAAGACAUACAAGACCACUGAUAAUCUCCCUCGAUCUGGGGCUCCAUGGAAGAUCUCACCCCGUGGCGUCAAAAUGAUAAAACGAACGGUCAGCAAAAAUCCCAGAACGACACGGGGGGACGUCGUGAAUGACCGACAGAGAGCUGGGACCACAGUAACAAAGGCUACUAUCAGUAACACAAUGCGCUGCCAGGGACUCAAAUCCUGCACUGACGUGUCCCCCUGCUGAAGUCAGUACACGUCCAGGCCCGUCUGUGGUUCGCUAGAGAGCAUUUGGAUGAUCCAGAGGAAGACUGGGAGAAUGUGUUAUGGUCAGAUGAAACCAAAAUAGAACUUUUUGGUAGAAACACAGGUUCUCGUGUUUGGAGGAGAAAGAAUACUGAAUUGCAUCCGAAGAACACCAUACCCACUGUGAAGCAUGGGGGUGGAAACAUCGUGCUUUGGGGCUGGUUUUCUGCAAAUGGACCAGGAAGACUGAUCCGUAUAAAGGAAAGAAUGAAUGGGGCCAUGUAUCGAGAGAAAAUCUUCCAUCAGCAAGGGCAUUGAAGAUGAGACGUAUCUGGGUCUUUCAGCAUGACAAUGAUCCCAAACACACAGCCAG